CCUAAGUCUAGAUGAUGUGUACCCGCCUCAAGGUUCAAACAAUGGUACCGCUCUUAGCGUGACCUUGGACAAUACUGAGCACGAUGUUGCUCCACGACAUGCCAGUUGAAAUUUUGAACUCCAUAGUAGAGAAGUUCGACUCGGCAUACACACUCAAUGCGCUCACACGAACGAGUCGCCAGUUCCACGCCCUUUUCAAUCCCGAACUUUACCGGCAUAACACAAAAUUUCAGCGCAGCUCGGCAUUGCUGUGGGCUGCAGAGCGAGGUUCAGAAGCUACUUAUAAAAAUUCAUUGAAGGCUGAAGCCGCUUUAGGAGUGGCGGUUGAUGGCGGACAAACACCUCUGCACCUUGCGGCAAAAAACGGGCACAGCCUCAUUGUAGAGCUGAUAUUACAAGAGCAUGGAGUCGACCCGAACGCGAACGACAUUUGUGGGUGGACGUCGCUAUCAUGGGCAGCCGAGAAUGGACAUACCAAGGUUGUUCAGCUUUUACUUGUAAAGGACGGUGUCAUUCCUGAUGCUAAGGACGACGACGGACGAACGCCACUAUCACGGGCAGCGGAGAACGGACACAGCACGAUCGUUGACCUGUUACUCACAGAAGAAGAGGUCGAUCCUGAUUCCAAGGAUAAAGAAGGGCGAACGCCGCUGUCUUGGGCAGCAGAGCAUGGCCACGCCCCUGUCCUGGAGUUACUUCUCUCAAGGGACAGAGUCAAACCCGAUGCCGAAGAUAUCCGCGGUUGUACACCGCUAUCUUGGGCAGCAAAAUACGGCCAGACUCUGGUCAUGGAGAUGCUGCUUGCUGAUGAGAAGGUUAAUCCGAACUCAUCUGAUAAUGCGGGGCGAACUGCUCUGUCGUGGGCAGCAGGCAGUGGGAAUCUUGAGGCAGUGAAGCUGCUACUCGCAGACAACCGAACUAAUCCUAACUCUGGCGAUAAUCGCGGACGGUCGCCCUUGUCUUGGGCCGCAGCUAACGGGUUUGUUCUCAUCGUCGGCUCAUUCCUCAGGGAUGAUAGGGUCGUUGUAGAUUCGAAAGAUGAUCGUCAGCGGACGCCACUGAAUUGGGCAGAGAGGAGGAGGCAUCCGGCAGUUGUUGACCUUCUUGGGAAGAGUGAUUAGGCAUUGUAUGUGUAUUCGGGAUAUAUGAUGCCGGUGACCAGGAUCGAUUUGGGUUUUCUGCACGAAGCAAUUGUUUGGGAAGGAAAGCUCAAGCUGCCUCCCACAACAUGUCAAGGCGUGGAAGAUGCAGUGAGGGUGGAACUGAUGCCUAAUGAGCAUAGUUAGUUAUUUAUCGGCGCCCCGCAGCCGGAUAGCCGCUUUUGAGAGUAAAGAUAGGAGAUUGAUCAUCGAAAGCGGCGUCAAAUCCUGGCAUCACACGCAUCAGGGGGGAACCCCACCAACCGUAGUCAGCUAUCA